AUGCCAAUUUGUACCUUUAGGAGAUGCCCAACCGGUUACUACUGCACCUUUGACCCAUUGAGGAACCUUGCCUCCUGUGCUCCACAAGUUGGCCAGAUAACCACAACUGCCUCGACCAUUGUAAGCACAGGUGCCACUGUGGCCUCCACAAGCGCUUCAACUGGAGUUCCCCCAAUAACUGGUUCUUUCACCACCACUGUGACCACAACCGUUUCUACAACCUCGACUGUAGCAUCUACGAUUGUCACUACCACAGUUAGUCCUACAACUGCCAUUUCAACUGUCGCAUCAACCACUGUGACCACCACUGCCUCUACAACAGGUCCAAUUUCUACUGUGACUGCCACCACCACUGUGUCCACUGUUGCUUCUACUACUGCUGUUCCAACUGGUACCAUCACCACUGGAACUAUCACAACCUCAGCCUCGACAACAGUGACUACAACUGCCUCCACCACAAGUCCAAUAUCCACCAUCACUGCGUCCACCACUGUGUCAACUGUUGCCUCUACCACUGCUGUUCCAACCGGUACAAUCACCACUGGAACUAUCACAACCUCAGCUUCGACAACGGUGACAACCACUGCUUCCACCACCAGUCCAGCUUCAUCAAUCACCGCCACCACCACAGUGUCAACUGUUGCCUCGACAGUUGCUGGAGGUUCCACAACCAACAACCCUCCAAUCACCAUCACCACCUCAACCACCAGCAACCCUCCAAUUACCACCGCCUCCACUACAAGCAACCCUCCAGUGACAACUACGUCGACCACCAGCAACCCUCCAGUGACUUCGACAACUUCCAACGAUCCGGCCACUACUACCGUCUCACCAACUAGUACUACUGCCGUUCCAACUAGCACUACUUCAAGACCCACUACCUUGGCCUCGACAACAGCAACGACCACUGCCUCAACCAUUGCUCCACCACCAAUUUCCACCAUCACUGGUUCUACUUCCGCAACCACUACUGUGUCCACCAUCGGUACCACAGCCCAGCCUACCCCAACUCCCAACGAUCACCUCUAUGAUAUCCUUGGAUCCGCCUUCAUUGAUUCCAACAAUAACGCAAGAGAUGAUGCUGGAGAGCUCAGAUUCUUCAGAUACAACAUUGAUCUGUAUGACAACAAUGCAAAGAAGAUUGAUUCGAUCGAGGCCUCCAAGUUGGGUAACACCAACGCCUUCAAGUUCACGGGUUACAAGGCUGGUCGCUACUGCAUGGUGGUGACCUAUCCCGAGGGAGGCUACAACGUUUCAUCCACUACUCGUGCCGGUGGCAACAUGUUCAACAGAACCGGUGACAACCAGGGAAUGAACUGUUUCGACCUUGGUCCCAGCACCACCAAUUCAAAGAGGGAGUACAUCACCAAGGUUGGCUGGGUACCCGAGAAGCUUCACAACAUUGCUGGAACCGGCUUCCUUGAUAGGAAUGAUAAUGGUAAGGAUGAUGCUCGUGAGUCCCGAUUCUUCCGUUAUGGAAUUGAUCUGUUGGACGCCGCUGGUACCGUCAUCAGGACCAUCCCUCCCUCAAGUCUCAAGAGCACCAAUGCCUUCAUCUUCAAGGACUUCCCACCAGGAGACUACUGCCUCAAGGUCCACUACCCAGAGGGUGGCUACAACAUCUCGUCUUCGGUUCAACCCGGCGGCAAUCAAUUCACUCAAGACGGCCCAGGUAAGGGUCUUGAAUGCUUCAAGCUCAACAAGAACACUGUCAACACCAAGAACGAGUACCCAACCAAGGUUGGAUGGGCACCACUCAAGACCUACGACAUCCUCGGCUCUGCCUUCCUCGACAAGAACAACAACGGUCUUUUGGACUCUGGCGAGCCCGGAAGGUUCUUCCGUUAUGGUGUCGACCUGGUUGAUGAGCAUGGUGACAUCAUUGAUGAGAUCACCCCUGAUCAGCUAAAGUCCACCAAUGCAUGGGCCUUCAAGAAGGUGCCACCUGGAAAGUACUGCCUCAAGGUCAAGUACCCAGAGGGCGAGUACAACAUCUCAUCCGUCAUCAAGCCCAGCGGCAACCAAUUCACUCCAACUGCUGAAGCCGCUGGUCAGCAAUGCUUCGACCUCAACAACAAGACUGUCAACGCCAAUGGUGAGUACGUCACCAAGAUGGGUUGGACUCCAUUGAAGUACUAUGACAUCCUCGGCUCUGCCUUCCUUGACAAGAACAACAACGGUCUUUUGGACUCAGGCGAGCCUGGAAAGUUCUUCCGUUAUGGAGUCGACCUGGUUGAUGAGUCUGGAGACAUUGUCAGCUCAAUCACCCCAGAGCAACUUAAGUCCACCAAUGCAUGGGCCUUCAAGAAGCAACAUCCUGGAAAGUACUGUCUCAGGGUCAAGUAUCCAGAGGGCGAGUACAACAUCUCGUCGGCCAUCAAGCCAAACGGCAACCAGUUCACUCCCACUGCUGACUCUGCCGGUGAGCAAUGCUUCGACCUCAAUAAGAACACAGUCAACGGCAAUAACGAGUACGUCACCAAGAUGGGCUGGACACCAUUCAAAUACUAUGACAUCCUCGGCUCAGCCUUCCUCGACAAGAACGACAAUGGUUUGUUGGACUCUGGCGAACCAGGAAAGUUCUUCCGUUAUGGAGUCGACCUGGUUGAUGAGCAUGGAGAUAUUGUCAGCUCAAUCACUCCAGACCAACUCAAGUCCACCAAUGCAUGGGCCUUCAAGAAGCAACCACCCGGAAAGUACUGCCUCAAGGUCAACUACCCAGAGGGCGAGUACAACAUCUCAUCCGUCGUCAAACCAAACGGCAACCAGUUCACCCCCACCACCGAAUCAUCUGGCCAGCAAUGUUUCGACCUCGGCAAGAACACAGUCAACGGCAAUGGCGAGUACGUCACCAAGAUGGGCUGGGCUCCAUUCAAGUACUAUGACAUCCUCGGCUCGGCCUUCAAUGACAGGAACAACAAUGGAGCUCAAGACUCUGGCGAAGGAGCAUUCUUCCGUUACAACGUCGAUCUGGUCGAUGAGUCUGGAGACAUUGUCAGCACCAUCACCCCGGAGCAGCUCAAGAAGACUGGCUCCUGGGCCUUCAAGAAGCAAGCACCUGGACACUACUGUCUCAAGGUCAACUAUCCAGAGGGAGACUACAACGUCUCGUCAUCAAUCAAGGCCAACGGCAACCAAUUCAAUGAAACUGGAGCCAACUCAGGACAGCACUGCUUUGACCUUGGCAAGAAGACCACCAACGGCAAUGGCGAGUACAUCACCAAGGUUGGCUGGGCACCAUACAAGUAUUAUGACAUUCUCGGCUCGGCCUUCAAUGACAGGAACGAUAAUGGAGCUCAAGACUCUGGCGAAGGAGCAUUCUUCCGUUACAACGUCGAUCUUCUCGACGAGGAAGGAAACGUUGUCAGCACAAUCACCCCCGCCCAGCUCAAGUCCACCGGCUCCUGGGCCUUCAAGAAGCAAGCACCUGGACACUACUGCCUCAGAGUCAACUAUCCAGAGGGAGAGUAUAACGUCUCGGCAAUCACCACAACCAAUGGCAACCGCUUCAAUGCUACUGGCUCCAGCACUGGUGAGCACUGCUUCGACCUCGGCAAGAAGACCACCAAUGCCAACGGCGAGUAUACCACCAAGGUUGGCUGGGCUCCAUUCAAGUACUAUGACAUCCUCGGAUCGGCCUUCCUUGACCGCAAUGAAGAUGGUAUUGAUUCAGGUGAACCAAGAUUCUUCCGUUACAACAUGGACCUCGUUGAUGAGGACGGUAAUGUUGUCCAGUCGAUCACUGCUGCUCAACUCAAGUCCACCAAUGCAUGGGCAAUGAAGAAGAUCGCACCUGGCCACUACUGCCUAAAGGCUUCUUACCCAGAGGAUGGCUAUAACGUCUCGAAGGUCAUUAAGGACAACAAGUUCACUCCAACUGAUACCGCCAAGGGUGAGCAGUGCUUCGACCUCGGCAAGAGCACUGUCAAUGCCAAUGGAGAGUUUGUAACCAAGAUUGGAUGGGCACCAUUCAAGGUCUAUGAUGUGCUUGGAUCAGCAUUCAUCGAUACCAACAAGAAUGGAGUCGACGACUCUGGAGAGGCCAGAUUCUUCCGUUACAAUGUUCAACUUGUAGAUGAUAAUGGUGAAGUCUAUGACACAAUCACUGCCGAUCAGCUCAAGAGUACCAACUCGUUCAUCUUCAAGAAGGUUCCACCUGGAAGCUACUGCCUCAAGGUCGACUACCCUGAGGGUGGCUACAACAUCACCGACGUCAUCAAGGACAACAAGUUCACCAAGACUGGUGAUUCCAAGGGAGAGCAGUGCUUCGAGCUCAACGAUGGCGCGGUCAACGCUAACAAGGAGUUUGUCACCAAGAUGGGAUGGGUCGGAUCCACCACCUAUGAAAUCUCUGGUUCAGCCUUCAAUGACAAGAACGACAAUGGAAUUAAGGAUACCGGAGAGGGAGCAUUCUUCCGCUACAACAUGAACCUACUGAAAGAUGGCGCAGUUAUCAAGACAAUCACGACCACUGAUACAAAGAGCACGGGUGCCUUUAUCUUCAAGGGUCUUGAACCAGGUAGCUAUUGCCUCAAGGUUGACUACCCUGAGGAUGGGUAUGAUAUCUCGUCCGUUGUUGCAAAGGACAACAAGUUCACCAAGACUGGAGAGAGGACUGGUGAACAAUGCUUCGAGCUCAACAAGGACACUGUUGAUACUCAGAACCGCUUCAAUACCAUGGUUGGAUAUGCCCCAAUCAAGACCUUCCAGAUUAAUAUCAACGCUUUUGGAGAUCCCAACGGAAAUGGUAUAAGGGACUCGGGUGAGCAAGAAAACUGGUUCCGUGUCGCCUAUGAUCUAAUCGAUGCUAGUGGCGAAGUUGUCGAUAGUGUCAGUGCAGCCGCAACCAAGAGUACUGGAAAUGCUAUCUUCAAGAAUAUCUCACCUGGAAGUUAUUGUGUCAAGGCCAAGUACUACGAGAAGGCCAAUGUUUCCCCAACUAUUGCUGCCGGUGGCAAUCAGUUCACCAAGACUGCGGAGGGUGAGGGAGAGCAAUGCUUCGAUCUCAACAAGACCAAUUACCCAACCUAUUCAACCAGCACCAAGGUUGGAUGGAAGGCCAACUAG